GCGAAAAAAAUAAUCAUUGUUAAGAAAUUAAAUGUUUUGUUAGUAAUUAAAAUACGCUAAAGAAAUUAUAUCAUAAAAAUUAUAAACAAUCAAAAAUAAGAAACAUUAAUUAUCAAUCAUAUUCCUAGCAAUUAGUUUAAUUAGUAAGGUAAACUAGCAAGCCGAAAUAAUACUAAAAGAAUAACUAACAAAAAGAUAAAACAAACAAGUGCAAAAGAAACUAAACUAACUAUAGAUAUAUAUAAAAUGAACCAAAAAGCAUACAAACAACCGUUAAGAGAAAGAAACUAGGUUGAAUUGAAGUUCACUACAUGGGACAAGGAUUCUCAUGGCUUAUUCGAUUAUGAAAGUGAGUCAGUUUAAACUGAGAAGCACCGUGUAGACAACCCUUGUCAAAUAGUAAGAUAAGAUAAUAAAUAAAUUAAAAUUGUUGAUUACAACGAGAGAAUUGAAGAUGAAAAUUGCAGAGUCCUAGCUAGCAUCACUUAGAAGGAUUCUAUUCAGCCAAGCUAUUAUAUAAACCCUAGUUCAUAAUCAAGUAAUUCAGAUAGCAAUACAAGUGGUAGCAGUAGUACGGAUGCUCUGGGAAAAUAAAAUAAUUCUAGCAAAGAAAAUAACAGCAACAAUGAUGCUUACUUAAUUGUGCGCUUCUUGAGAAAUCAAAAGGGAGAAUAAAAGGGAUACCCAUUACAGGUUGGAGAUAUGAUAAAACUUGGUAGAGUAGAAUACUGUGUUAUAGAAAAGUACACAGAGGAGUCAGGACUCCAAUAAAUUAAUGAUAUCUUCUGUGAUUAAGAACAAUACAAUUUUAAUAUUGACUAUUCUAAAACUGAGACAAAAACUUGCAGAAUUUGCUUGUGUGAAGAAGAAUAAUGCUCUGAAAAUCCUCUCCUAAACCCAUGUAAUUGUAAAGGUUCUUGUGAAUAUAUGCAUUUUGAGUGCUUGAAGCAUUGGGUUGAAAGCAAAGUUCAUAAGAAGUACUCUCCUCCAUUCAUUUCAACAUUCAAGUGGAAAAAUUUAGAAUGCGAAGUUUGUAAGUAACCUCUCCCAAAAAUUAUAAAUAUCAAUAAUAAAAAAUUAUCUCUUGUUGAAACUGCUAGACCUGAAGGCAACUACAUUAUAUUGGAAAGCAUCUCUAGAGAGAAAAAAGUUUCUAUGGGUCUUUAUAUAAUAAACAAUUUAAAAAAUCCUGAAGAUCAAGCUAAGCUUGGAAGAGGACACACAUGCGAUAUUAGAGUUUAAGACAUAUCAGUCAGUAGAUUCCAUAGCUAUAUUAAAUACGAAAAUGGACAAUUUUUACUAUUUGAUAAUAACUCUAAAUUUGGUACAUUAGUAAAACUAGAUAAGAACUAUCCUAUACUUUCAGAAAAAGUAGGCAUUUAAGUAGGUCGUACUAUAAUAACUUUUAGCUUAAAACCUUCCAAUUCUAGUAAUUUAAAUUAACUUUAGCAAUCCUUACAGUAAAGUGUUGCAUAGUUUGAUAAAGUCAUGAUGAAUAACAGCUAGAAAUAAAAACAAAACUAAGAACAAUAAUAAGUGAUUUAAAAGGUGCAACAAUUUAAAAACAAUAAUGUUAUAACAAAUAUAAAUACAAUUUCAAAUAUUAACUCCUAAAACACAAGCAACAACAGCAAUAACAAUGGAAAUAUUAGAAUUCCCACUAAUACCAAUAUUCCUUAAGCAAUUGUAAAUAAUAAUAACACAAACACUAACUUAAAUUAAUAGUAAAAAAAUAAUAAUAACAACAUAUAAGCUUAGCUCAUUACAUCUUCAUCAGCUAUCCUUGAUAAAUUAUAAAAAGGUAAUUCAAUUAAAUAACCUAAUAAAGGUAACACCUUCGUCUCAAACGCAGCUAAUAAUAUUAUUGGAGGUAACUCUUCCUAAGUAUAAGGUAGUAAUGUAAAUAGAAAUAAUAUAUAAAAUGUCGUAUUGGCUAAUGGUAGCAUGGCUAAUUUUAACUCUACUUAAUAUAAAAUUGGUGAUGUGCCUCUAAUGAAUAACUAUCCUGUCUCAAACAGCAAUACUUCUAAUUAAAAUAGCAAUAACAACAACAACAACAACAAUAAUAUGUUUAGUAGUAGCCAUGUCAUGGGUUAAAAUAACCGUAACUCAAGUAAUGUUACUCAUUAUAAUGAAUUUCCUAAUUUCAAUUCUAUGAAUUACAACUAAGCCAAUUAGUACAACAUUUAGAACAACUUUUAAUCCACUUUAUAUACUAAUUUACCAACAAUAAGUAACAAUAAUAAUACUCAUACUUCAAACAAUCAUAAUAAUUAUGGACACUACGCCAUUUAGCAGAAUGGAUCUCUCAUUUCAAGAAAUAAUCGUAAUCACCAUUGA